AUGCCUGCAGUUGGAUAUAUUUCAAAUUCCGCUUCAUCAAGUAGGAUUUCAUCGCCUGUACCAAGCGGAUCCGGUUCAGCGACAGCGUCAACGACAAUGUCAACGACAACGACAACGUCUAAUCAACCUAUUGAUCCUUAUCGAACUUUGUCUACUCACGUAAAGAAAUCUAUACUACCUUUAAUACCUUCUUCUUCCUCAUCAUCUUCAUCAACGAUUCCAAAUUUACCUUCAUUACUCUCAUUGGACCCAUCAACUUAUUCAUCUCGAUUAUCAGGUAAAACAUUACAGACAUCCCUUCCCUCUUCAUCUUCCUCUUCAUCCUCACUCAAUCAAAACACAGUGUCGAGUGGCAUAUCACCUCUGGUCAAAGGUCAAAAAAGGAAUAGGGGAUAUCCAAGUGAAUUAGCCAAAGUUCAGAAACAAGUUGAACAUGCUGAGAUCAAGAGGAAAGAACUAGGCUUAGUCGGGAUGAGGAAAGUCAGGAGAAGAUUAGGUGGUGUGAUACCUAGAGGAAUGAUGAUACAGUAUAAUUCUUUAAUUCCACUUAAUCGUUUACAUGUAACAUAUUUGAUCUCUUUACUUUCCUUACCACCUCUUCCUUUUCCGAAUCAAAAUGCCAGUUUUUCAAGAUCAACAUCAACAUCGACAUCAACAUCGACUAUAAGCUCGAAUUUAACUCCAAAUACAACUUCAACAGCACCAACGAUCAAUUCUGAGAUAAUAUUAUCCAAAUUAUCUAAAGCAGAUUUCACUGGUAUUUAUCUAUCUAUCAAAUCAUCUCGGAAUCCAAGUUUAAUCGCCCAUUGUGGUAUCGUGAUUGAAGAAACUUGCUCGACAUUUAGGAUUGUCAACAAGCAAAAUAAAGUUAAAGUGAUUCCUAAAGAUGGUACUUUAUUCACUUUGUCAAUUCCUGCUUAUUCCCCCAACACCACAACGAAGGGGGCAACCAAUCCGACUGAUGCCCCAGAUACAGGACGAGGCGAGGACGGAGUAGACGAAGAUGAAGACGAAGAUGAAGAAAGGGGAUUAGAAAGUUUUUUAUCGAAAUGUCCAAAAUACGAAAUAUCAUUGUUGGGCUCAAGCUUCACUAAUAGAUCAGGUGAUAGAGCAGGUAAAAAAUUUAGACCUUCUCAAGGUCAUGGUGGUGGUUCAGGUUGGGCACAAGAUUGGGUAAAUACUGAUUGGCAGGAUACAUUCAGUAGGUUAUCUGACAUGUUGUGCGAGAACAAGGAACAAGAAACUCCAGUCAAAGGUAGAAAAAAACACGGUGCAAAUGGGAGGAACCGACAAGGCAAAAGAAAGAGAAAUAAAAGUAGAAGAAAAGAUCCUCCUGCUUUUGGUAAUCCAUAA